CACGCCCUCUGCUCGCCGCGCCGCAUCCUUCCAAACUCCACCAACGCCUUUCCGUUCCGGCCAGCCCCCAUCCGCCUCUAUAUAUGCCGUCCACGACACCGCACACACCACAAACACACACACACUCGUCGCCAAGCAGCACGCACACAGGCCAACAGUAACAAGGAGUGAGUGAUCUAGCUAGGACGGACAAAGUCCCUUUCAGUAGUACUUGAUCUGCUCAUCACGACCGCGCGCCGAUGGCCCGGCUGAUCGGCCCUUGCGCUCUGCUCGUGCUGCUCGUGGCGUGCAGCGCGCUCGCGGCCUCCGCGGCGCGCGAGGAGCCGAGCGGAGCGCGGCAGCUGUGGGGCGGCGACGGAUGGAGGGGGAGGAAGGUGGGGGCAAGGACGGAGGUGAGGGACGUGGAGGAGAACAGGGAGGUGCAGGACCUUGGGCGGUACUCCGUCGCCGAGCACAACCGCCGCCAGCGGGAGGAGGAGGGCGACGUCCGCGGGCGGCUCGAGUUCGACAGGGUGGUGUCGGCGCAGCGCCAGGUGGUCGCCGGGAUCAAGUACUACCUCCGCGUCGCGGCCGCCGAUGACCGCGUCUUCGACGCCGAAGUCGUCGUCAAGCCCUGGCUCCAGUCCCGCGCGCUGCUCAGGUUCGCGCCGGCCGACGUCGAGUGAUCCAGCAGCUGCAUGCUCUGUUGAACUGCAGCAGGUUUUUGGUGCGCGCCUUCUCGUAGUAGUAUAAUAAAGUGCGUCUGUAGCGCGAGAUAGAGAUCGAUCGGCGAAGAAGGGCUGUACUAUGCGGCGGCCGAAGUUUUGUAAGAGGACAUGAGAGUGUGUCAGAUUCAGAAUAAUAAAUA